AUGGGUUUAGCUAUCCGGGUGGAAAUACCCAUUAGUGAGGACUAUAGAGCCCUCACUAGACUUCUAACCCACCACAAGGUGGGUUACCUUACCUUCGCUCUCCCAGAGGAGCGUAAAAUUCGUCCGGUUCUGAGAAAUGUUCCGUACGAACUCGCCACCGAUCUAAUCCAUAAGGAUCUAAAUGAACAAGGCUUCUCUGUGGAGACUGUUCAUAAAAUGCAUAGUAGAGCCGGCAGGCCUUUCCCUCUGGCUCUACUCAUCAUUCCAAAUGUCCCUAAUGCUCGCGACAUUUUCAAGGCUAAAGACCUUAGGGUCUGCGGCCUUACCGGGGUUAAAGUAGAACCGCUUCACUGA